UGUGUGUUUUAGGGACACAGGUUUGGAAUUAUUUCGUACUCACAUUGUGAGCGACACGGUGGUACAGAAACGCACUGUAGAUGGAGUUUUGGAGCAGAUAGAACUGGAGCGGAAUGGGGAGACGGUGGAUCGCAGUUUGCUCAGGAGCUUGUUGGGCAUGCUGUCAGACUUGCAGGUUUAUAAAAAUUCCUUUGAGGAGAGGUUUUUGGUGGAGACAAAUCGUUUGUAUGCAGCAGAGGGACAGCGGCUCCUGCAGGAAAGAGAUGUACCUGAGUAUUUGCAUCACGUGGCUCGACGCUUAGAGGAGGAGAAUGAUCGAAUCGUCAGCUACCUCGACCAGAGCACCCAAAAACCUCUUAUCACCUGUGUUGAAAAACAACUUCUAGGAGAACAUAUGACAGCAAUACUACAGAAAGGUUUGAGCACCCUGCUGGAUGAGAACCGUGUCACUGAGCUCUCCCUCCUCUACCAGCUGUUUAGUAAAGUGAAGGGAGGACUUGCUACACUGCUGCAGUUCUGGAGGGAUUACAUCAAGGUACAGUCAAUAUAUGCACUACGUAUCAAAGGUCCCCAACCAUCAGGCCUAGCAAAGAAAUAACGAAUUACAUAUCCCUUGCAUUUUAUUCAUUAUUGGUGCAAAUUAUGUUUAAUUUCUUUAAAUGAAUUGAUUAUCCCAUAUUUACUUUUUGGCACAUUUCAAAAUGCCUGUUAAAAUAAGUCUUUGGAGAACUUAAGAAAGGGAAAAAGAUUUGAAGAGGAGAAAAAAGACAAUGCUUUAGUUUUCAUAAUAAAAGAAAGUUGCAUUCACAGUCCUUUGUGUGGUAUGGGUGUCAAACCCUGUCUGUAUAUUAUGUGGCGUUCAGUGUGCAAAUUCUGUCUAAAACUGUCAGUAGUUA